GUGGUUCAACUUCGAGAAGGUUGUGCAAGCUUUGGCUGCUGAAAAUGUACAUUACUUGAAACUUGAUCAACUUAAAGACAUCAUCCGGAAAUUUUGCUUCAUUGAAAAUGAGGAUGACUCGUCACUUUGUUGGAUUACUAUCAUGACAUUGGAAAGAUUGUCCGGCACCACAACACAGUCGUACUUCGGGCCAAAUGGCUGAUUGACAUCUUCAAAAAACUUGUAACCAUUUGUCCCUUUUGAUGACUCGGUAAGAAACAAAAUGUCAAGUGCAUGUAAUACUUUUAGGAGAACCCGCUAGCUAACCGUUUGGCCCUGUCUGAUUUCAUGUGACUAUAUAGUUAUGGUCUGAGUUCAGGUACAGGGGAGGAUUAGGGCUGAGAUGGCUUUAGCUGCCCUUCUCACACCCUAACAUAUUUACAAUUUUAAUUUUGGCAAAGGUAGAGUUGAGAUUCGAAAUUAAAACGAUUCUUGACCUGCACACACAUUUCAAGCUAACUGAGCUUUCAAUACACCCACUUUUCAUCUUGCCACCUUAUAGAAGAAAAGAAACUUUUUAUCAAAGGAGAAAAGAAUAAACUCCUUAUAACGUAUUCCUCAAGGGGAGACAUUGUAAGAAACGAAAUCAGCUCUACAGAAAACAAAACGAUACAUAAACAAUAUUGCCUUUUGACACGCAGUACAGUCCAUCUAUGCUCAACCUCCAUCAAGCUGUUAUGAAAAACUAGUUCGCUCAAAAAAUCCUCAAGAAAUCUCCUCUAAUAUCCUAGGGAAGAACGGAUUGUUAAAAGACAUUCUUGUUAAAGCAAAACUAAAAAGCAGUGGUCUCAAUUGUUGUGCUGGCACCGGAGGCAUCGCUACCCUCCCUCUUUCAGCAAACUUCUUAAAACUUUUCUUCCAGUGUAUAUUAGAAUAAUAAUUCUUUCUUGUAGAGCACAGUCCUUUUUGGGGGGUCUGAGAUUGUUUAUCGCGCAAAGUAUUCUUUUCACGAAGAACCACAAAAAUAGAUAAGGAUGCUUCGUGGAGUUUUGUAAUAGGUGUGAAAUGUAACAGCCUAUCUAAAACCAAACAGUGAAUGAACAACCCGUGGAAGCCACGCUUUAAGUUGUAGUUCCUAGGGCACAGAGAAAAUUUUCUCUCUUCACACGAACAGUCUAUAAAUGGAACUCCCUUCCCGGGGAUAUUGUAAAUACCACCUCUGUAGAUAGUUUUAAAUCUAAGUUAAUAGGUUUUAAUAUUCCGGCGUAUUAGUUUUAUUUAGUUUUCAUUACCUUAGUGCAUAAUUUAUUAUGUUUCUUUUUUCAUCUCAGUUGGUGUGAUAUCUCGUGAUUUUACCGACUUGUAGAAUUGUAGAUGUAGAUGUAGAUACAGAUCAGGCUUUUUUAUUUGCCGGGUGCUGUUCGUUUUUUUCAGGAACCAAGUCAUUCCAAGUUGUGGAAACAAAUUGAGAAAACAGGUGUCCUCGAUAUGGAGCUUGUUAAUCACGUGUUUUGCAAUGAGUUUCAUCAGCACAAGGAUGAUAUUUUGGACAUGAUGGAGCAGUUUGGUCUGAUCGUCAAGUUUACCAAAUCUCCAGGAAAAGACAUUUACCUUGUUCCCUGUCAACUUCGAACACCUCCUGACGCCCUUGGUAAAAUUGAGCCUUUUCCUUCAGAUCCUUGUACAUUAUACCUUCGUUUUCUCGGAAGUUUUGUUCCUUAUGGUUUGUUUUCUCAGCUUGUGUCACGAUGUAUCCCUUGGUGCUGUCCAGCUGGAUCCGAACUGCCUAACUUGUACGAUGGGGCAUCUCGAUUCUUCAUCGGAAAGGAACAAAAUCACCAGUUGAUCCUUGUAUGCAAGAAACGAUUUAUCAAGAUCAUUUUGAAUGAAAUACAGCAAGAUGACUCGCCAUUUGAUGGUGCGGCGAAAUUGCAAGACGUAGCUAUCAAAGUGCGAACAUUUCUGGAACACACAAUGCAAACUAUGUCACACGAGCUGUCUGGGUUUAAAAACUUGGAUUAUGAAUUGUGUGUUGAAUGUCCGUUUUGCCAGGAGAAGCAAAAAAAAUGUGAUUAUCAUGGCCAGUUUCUUUGCCCCAACGAGUACUGUAUGUGCCUUCUAAAAGUUACCGCAGAUGGGUCAUUUAAAGACUGCACUAAGAGUUUUGUCCAUGUGAGACCCAAACUUCCUCAGCUCCAGAGAUGGUUCCCUAUCAAAGGUGAGGCUGACAUGAUACAACAACAACCUUUAUUUGUACUCACUCUUGUUCUACAGUAAAUUAAGACAAUGAAAAUAUUAAAAAUAAAUUAGAGUACUGGCUGCCUGGAAUAACCAUAGAGGCCAGCGGAGCCAGGAAGCCAGUUGACAUUAGCAUUAAACAGAAAUAAUUUACAGGUCAUAAAAAUAAAUUGAUAAGGAAAUUGAUGGCUGAGUUGCCCGUUAUUUUUUUAAAAAAAACUAAGAACAAUCGGGCCUCACUUGAGAGAAACCCUUUCUUUACGUACAGUUUUGUUGCAGCUGGUAACUUACUCAAUUCCUGCCUUUUUAUAAGGGGUUCGGCUGUAACAGCCACGAAAUUGUAGGCCUUGUUUCAGUCUAACGGCCGGGACAAAUGGUGAACGCAAUGUAUUGAACAGUCCAACUAAAUUUUACAAGGCAGAUGUUUUCCCGUGAAGGCCGGCAUCCUCUAUCCUUGGUCCUUUGUUCUGCUAACCUUUUCAUUCCUUACAUAUGCUAAAAGGUCGGGCAGUUUAAGUUGAGAUGACGACGUACUAUGUUAUUUAUUUGAAGUGAGACCGUAAAGUGAGUGAGAUAUGGGCCGAUUAGAGAUCUUCUAAUGUAUAAUACUCGGAACGGGGCUUCUUAGAGAUGAUAACAGUGAAAAAGAAAAUUUUAUGGUGAAAACAAGGUAUAAAAGUAACCAUAACAUAUUUUAGGAUUGAUAUAUUCUGCUUGGAUGUGUUGCUGGUCAUGUUCAUAGUGAAAUACUAAAUGUUUAACGAGGGAGAACACUUCAAGUUUAAAGCUGCUCAUAAAUAUUAUAGGUUCUCUUUGAUUUAGUUUUUAUGUUUUACAACUGUUUUGUUUUUCUCUUCUUUUUGCAGCGGAUGAGGCCAGGUUUACGGAGGUAAUGAAACAUUUUGUUUAUCAAAUUAUGAUAUAUGCGAAAUAUAAAUUAACUUUUCUUUGUAUCUUAAUAAUUGCACUUUUGAUUGACUGAUUUUUGAUUGUCAAAAUUUGGGGUGCUAAUUAUCUCAAGAAUUUCCUGUAGUAUUCUUUCACGAGGAAGGCGGUGAAAACGAACGUUUUACAAUAACUGAAUCACUUCUCGCGCGCUGAUUGGCCAAUUUUCAUCAUCAAUGAGAGGACAGACACCAUAAAAUUUUAAUUUAUGCAAGACGCGGUCAUUUGCUGAACGAAUGCCAAACUUCUAUUUUUUCUUUAGUUUAGUUUUGAAGAAGAUUAACUUUCUGUCUGCUAAGAAAAAUAGCUAGCCUGAAAUUCUUCCGAUUGCUUCGAGUCGUUUUCUCCUCUCAACAACGUCUGAAUCGACCGGCCGUUAAUGCCGUCCAGUGACGUCACUCACUACCCGAAAACCGGGUAGUGAUUUUGAUUGGUUGAUUGUCUAAACAUUCGCAUAAUUAUGUAUAAUUAUGAAAAAUUUUAGCGGGAUUGUCGCUUGAUAUUCAGCGGAUCGCAUCCCUGGCAUUCUUUCGCGUAGUUCAAACAUUUCGAUAAGCUUAAUCUUUAUCUUAAACAGCAAAAUUGCUCUUGUCUUCGAAACUGAAAUGCUAAAUUGAACUGCGAAUGAAGAAUCAUUGCGGAGAGUCGGUAGGUUUUUCAUUUGGAGCCGCUUCGUGGUUUCGGCGGCCUGUGAUUUUGUUUACGCGAAGUUUUCUGAGAUCAAUAUUAUAAUUCCCGUCAAGUGUAAUGAUUCUGUUAGCUUUUCUUUCUUGUUUCCUUGUUUUUUCUUCUAAAUAGCUAAAUAGCUUCGACUAAAUAGCUUCUUUUCAAUUAAAGCAAAUCAUUGUGUUUUUGAUAAUUCCGUGUGUGUGUUUAUUUCAUUGCGUGAUUGCGACCGAGUUUGAUUAUAGAAUUCAGUACAACCGGUUCAGAGUUGUACUGCGUGCAGUUGAUAGUUUGAACGCUAAACAUGAACUACGAUCGAAAAACAUAAAGCAAUUCUGUAUCAUGCAGACAUUUCCAAACGAUAUUUCUCGGUUUACCACUUGAAAAUCGUGUUUUACUUUUCGCAUGAAUUAAAGCAAAGGUCAAGGAGUAGUGACGUCACUGGACGGCAUUAACGUCCGGUCGAUUCAGACGUUGGUCGUGACUAGAAUGGAUAUACUCCAAAAUCAGGUAUCCGUUCGGAGACUGGAACUGAAUAAAAUUAUUUUUCGGCAAAUCGCUCCGACUCUUCACGACCUUGUUGUGUUCAAAGAGAUAAGUAUACAAAGACUGACAAAAGGCCAAGAUGCGAAUGGUUACUCCAAAAUAUGGAUCAAAGCCUACAUAGAGGUUAGUUGUUUUUCACGUUCUUUUUGUAAGAAUUUAGUGCAAGGAGCAAACAAUGUCUGUUUAAUUACAGUACCGCGACUGCCUUAAGCUUAUUCAUAGCAAAGUAUCUGUUUGGAUAGCUCAGAAUAAGGUGGAUACUUCAGAAUAAGAAUGGCCAAAAUAUGAAAGUUUUGGCCAUCUGGAUUAUUAUUACUGAACUUCCCAAUAUAAACAUGAUUGUUGCGUUUACAAAAAGGGUACAAAUACAGUCAAUUAUCAGGGUUGUCACUAAGAUUUCAAGUUGCCGGGUAAAUACAACAAGUAGGCGGGGAAUCAAACGGCUAGGGAUUUCUUUUGGUUCUAAUUUUCUUCUAUUUUCCAAUAAAAGUAGCCGGGGGCCACUCUCUUAGUAGCCGGGGAAAAUCCCCGGUCCCUGGCUCUUAAUGACAACCCUGAAUUAUUGUGUAAUUAUGGCUCAGUUAAUUCGAAGCUUGCUUAUAGGAUAGAAGGCCGGGGGGCGGGGG